UUUUUUUUUACCGUGGAUUUCCCACUUCUUGACUCAUCUGAAUGUUAAUCAGUUAUCGAAUUUAAGGAGAAAGCAGUUCAUAAAAUGAGGAACUUUGGGGGGUCAAAUUGACCACUUUUUUUGUGAGUGGAAAGAAUGUAUGGAAAUUUUUGGUGAACAUUGACCUUAUCAGGGGAAGGGUCAGGUCAUACGUUUUUUCUUGCAGAAUUUUUGCAUGAAAAUUUGCAACUUUUUCCAUGGGGCGAGAAGAUUCGUCAGAUUGAUGAUGAUGAUGCUGCUUCUGCUGGUGAAUAAGUAUCGAUCGGCGCGUUGAGCAGAUGUGGAUUCGCAAUUCAGCUCGUCUCGUCAGCAACAAGAAAGAAAAGAAAUAUUAUUGUUCUUUGUGAUUCUUCUUUCUGGUCAAAUUAAUUAAUUAAUUGCUUAAUUAACUUGUUGACUACGGUUCUUCAGUCAUGGCGAUGGUGGAAGAAAACGUGUUUCUCUUCGUUCCCAAUUUGAUUGGCUACGCCCGCGUCGGAUUGACCUUACUUUCCAUGUAUUUCAUGCAAUCCAGCCCUGGUCCGGCGAUCUGGUGUUAUCUCAUCGGUUCCCUCUUGGACGCUGUGGAUGGACAUGCGGCUCGAUUUUUUAAUCAGAGCACCAAAUUUGGCGCAAUGCUUGACCAGUUGACCGAUCGCUGUGGAACUGCCGUACUGAUGAUGAUGCUCGCCGUGUUUUAUCCAUCAUACGCGUUCUUCUUUCAAAUCAGCAUGGCCACCGACAUUUCGAUGCAUUGGUUGCACCUUCAUACGUCGCUCCUCCAGGGGAAGGGGAGUCAUAAAACGAUGUCAACCGAAGAGCCAUAUCUGCUCCAGAUUUACUACACGUCGAAACCAGUCCUCUUCACGAUGUGUGCAGGCAACGAGCUCUUCUACAUUACAAUGUACCUCGUCAACUUCUACGAUUCGUUUUUCUGGAAAUUCUUGGCAUUCAUUUGCUUCCCAAUUGCGGUGGCUAAAUGGCUCAUGGCUAUUUUGCAAGGGGUCACCGCUGCUAAAAAUCUCGCCGCGUUGGACGCCGCAGAACGUGAAGCAGAAAUCAAGAUUAAAUAAAGGUGCUAUGCUCCGGAACUAUGUAUCGAAUUCGAAAUAUUUACCAGAAACUACUCAGAUUCCUGUUGCAAAUAAUGUAAUGUCAAACAUUUCAGGAUUUUCUUUCACCUUUGUUAACAACAUUCUUAAAUAAUAUCAGUUAAAAAACCGUGCAUGUAUUACUACGAUUAUUAAUAUUCUUAAUUACGUUAUACUUUUGUUAGUCAGUCAUGUUCACCAUUUUGUUGCUGCAUUCCUUAUCAAUUAGUUAAUUGCCUAAUUAACUAGUGUAAAACAUUCUUUUAAACAGCUACAUAAUAGUUCGCUUCGUCUAUUUUGUUGAUGUAUUCCUUAUAUAAUUAGUUAAUUAUCUAACUGCAUUAUUAACUAGUGUACGUAAAACAUGCUUUUAAAUGAAUAAUAGUUUUCUGUUUCAUUUAUUUUAUUUUUCUUGUUAAUUAAGUACGUUAAUUAAUUUAAUGAUCUCUUCUUUCUCAUCGUUAAGUACUUACUUUUUGUAACAAAACACUGCAGUUUUAAUUAAUUAAUAUACAUAACUGCUUAUCUUACCAUGUAUGUAUAAAAAUGCUUGUACCCACUGUACCGAGAUAAGUGUGGUAUUAUAUAUUAUCUAUCCAUUCACUAGUUGACCUGAUGUCUAAAUGUGUACGCAAAGCCAAAAAAUUACAAAAUCGUCUCAUUUAUGUAUCUAUGUAGUAACUAAACUAAAUAAUGCAUGCUCUCACUUCAAUCUUUGUAAACCGUGUAAAAAACGAGGUCGCAAAAUCUUAUGGAACUUUGCAAAAAAAAUAGUUCCCAGUCUGCGAUUAAGUCACACCGAAUGAUUUACACAGUUUACAAAGAACUGAACUGGUGCUGGUCAUGCCGUGAAUUCAGAAAAUGUGUGAUUAGCAAACAUAUGUGCAAUUAGUUUUAAGUAAAUACGAUACAUAAUAAUUAUAUGCAAAUUAUUGCGUACAUAUGUAGUUACUACCCUGCCAAUUAUAGUGAGUGAUACAUACAUAUAUCCAUUAAUUUCCUGGGAUUGGAUAUCGAUCGAUAAAUGCUGAACUGAACGAUAAGUCAUUUCCUCUCCAAUUUUGUUGUCCUGCUCCUGCAUUUAACUAAAUAUAUUAUGAAUUAAACAAACAAUUUAAAUAAUAA